AUGUUCGCCCUUUGCUCGGGCUGGGGGUGCGGGGGCCUUCGGCUCUGUCAGCUCCGAGGGUGGAUCGGCGAGGCCGUCGAGCGCGGGACCUGUCGGGCCUACCACGGUCGGCGGUACGGCUCGGGCGGGUGCGACCGCCGGCCAGGGUCGGAGUCCGAGGUCACUUCUCCUGACCCCACGCGCCGGGCGCUGAAGGAAUGGACGCUGCUGGUGAGCCCCUUCGGCCGGCUGCGGGCACGGCUCCCGUGCGACCUGACUGUGAGACCCCUCGAUCCCUUCACGUACCCGGACGCUGACCGCGUGCUGGUGGCGGUGAGCAGCGUGGAGGGCGGGGCACAAGGCCUGGACAGCCUGCAGGUGAGGUACGAUGAGGCGCGAAAGGAGAUGGCCAUCGUGUCUGAGACUAUCGACCCCCAGGCAUCGGUGGAGGUGGACGCGCCCCUGAAGUUCGAUUUGAAUAUCAAGUCAUCAGGGUCUGGUUGUGUAAAAGUCCAGAAAAUUGAGUGUGAUAAUUGCAAAAUUGAAACAGAGCUAGGGACCAGCAUCUUACAGUCUUUUAAGAGUCAAAAAUUACAUGUUCAAACAAAAGGAGGAAAGGUGAUUUGUCUGGGAACAGUUUAUGGAAAUGUAGAUAUUCAUGCAUCAGAAAAAAGUACUGUGACCAUAGAUAAACUGCAGGGAAGUUCUGUUACUAUUUCUACUGAAGAUGGUUUCCUGAAAGCCAAGUAUCUUUACACAGAAUCGUCAUUUCUGUCUUCUGCUGCUGGGGAUAUUACAUUAGGAAGUGUUCAUGGCAAUAUUACAUUACAAAGCAAGAUGGGUAACAUAACGAUAGAUUCAUUCUCGGGAUGUCUAAAAGCCUCAACUCAUCAGGGUUCCAUAGAUGUUCAUGUCAGCCAACUGGGAGAAGUGGACUUAAAAUCUCAUAAAGGCUCUAUUAUUGUCAAGGUGCCAUCUUCUCUUCAGACUCAUUUACAGUUAUCAGGGAAAGAGGUUGAUGUGAACUCAGAGGUCCAUGUUCAGGAAAUUGCUGAAGCCCACAAAGAUGAUGGUGUAACAAUUACUGGGAUCAUGAAUGAAGCAGGCAAACAUGAAAAAUGGAUUAAGGCUGAUGCCCCAAAAGGCACUGUAAGUUUUAGAAGUCAAAGUUGGUUUCAGUCCUUACAACUGCAGGACUAAGGAUGGUUUAAGUGGUAUUUAUAAAAUUUAAACAAUGAAAAGCAGCUCUAUGACUACAAACAUGCAAAUACCACUGUUCAUAUAAAUGUCGAAAAUAAAUGGAAAUGAAUACUGGUGAAUUGUUUUGUUUUGGAAGGGGU